AUGCUCUUCAAGGAGUACAGGAAGACUCCGGAGAUGUCUACAUAUUCUUUUCUCCGCCUUUCAACACGUUCGAAAUACACAAAUCAGGGUACGACUAUUAGUAUAAAAAUAACACAAAUCAAUUUCCUUAGGUACUAUGUAGUUGCCCGUCUUCUUUACAAACACAUAAUUCUUCAGGAAGUCAUGUCCUGGUUGAGCACUCUUGGUGGCGGAUUUUCGUGUCUUGGCGACAAAUUCGAGGAUGCUGUACGUUUUCAUAUCGCUUUUAGCACAACGGUUUAUCUAUUUGUUACCGACACUCCUGUAUUUUUUUUGCUGAUCGCUGACUCGAUUAUUCCUCAUAAAUUUCCUUUCCGUAGAUCUGUGUACAAGUUUUCCAGGGAAGCCCCCUUCUGCGAUAACCCCCCUGAACUUCACCUCGACCUUAUGUGUCGUGGUCUUUGGACCAGACUGGUUUACCUCUGGAAUUUGAAGCGCGAGGAGCGAAUGAAACGGCGACUUAACUUGACUGAUGCAGACAGGGAAGUCUUCCUCAAGGACUCGCAGUCAAUCGGAUCGGACUGCUCUGAGAGCUCAGCAGCAAGACGUAUUUUCCCCGAUAUUUCAAAAAUUUUAAACACUUUGUAA